AAAGGACCAAAUAUAAAGAAAACGGUCUGCACAUAACCGUUCUCUAUCGGUCGGUUUUCUGAGAAUGUUAAUAAAAUAUUAGUAUUUGCGGAGCGGAAAAGAAAAAAAAAAAGGGGGACAGCUUUGCUCAGUCCACUCUCCCAUACAUUUCUUACUUCCUCCUCUUCCUUUGAUCACAGAAGAGUUGCUGCUCCACGCCCAAUGAGACUAUUGAAUUGAGUUGGGUUUUCUGUUUUGCCGUUGCCACAGAAAAAUGUGGCAAAGACAGAGAGGAGAUAGAAUGCCGGUGCCGGGGUCAAAAAUAUUUCAGCGUCACCCGCCGCCGACAAAUGAUGCAUAUCUGAAAAAGCGCAAGAGGAUGAUAGAGGAUGGAAGUGUGAGCAACCUGUCCAAUUUAACUAGUUGGCAGGAGGGAUUGGAGCGCAAGAGACAAGAAGUUUCUUCAAAUGUCGUAGACUAUUCAGAUCCAUUAAUCAUUUCCAAUGUAAUGGAAAAAUUGGAUCCUGGAAAGUAUGGAAGUGUUACUAAAGAGAUAAAAGACCUUACUUCAAGGAGGCAACAGUUACUAAUGAAUUAUUUUGCAAUGGAUUGUACACAUCCUUCUAAGUAUUUGAAUCUCAAGCCCCGCCCAAGCAAAGUGAUCUUGCAAACAGAGCGAUUAACUUCUUCUAAUGUCAUUGACGUGGACGAUGACAGUGAUACAAAAGCCAUUGUUCCUCUGCAGGCUGGUAACAGUUUGCAGGCCCGCCCAUCUGCUGGUCCUCUCGUCAUCUUGGAUUCAGAUGACGAUGAACCUGAAAUUAAGGAGGUUUCCCAAACCCCGGGGAUGCUUAUCUUGAAUAAUCAGGGUGGAAAGUUCAUGAUGAAGGAUUUUGAGGUGCAGAAAGGAAUGGAACAUUAUCCGUAUGCUAAGAUUGAACUUCCUAAAAAAAGGGAAAUGGACCUGACUUCAACGUCGGAAGCGACGGAAAGUAAUGGUGCUUAUGUUGGAGUUGAAGAUGACGAGGAUGAUGACGAGCACCCCACUGCUACUGAUGACGGGCUAGGUGAUAUAUGGAAGGAGAUGUCAUUUGCGAUGGAAGCUUCAAAGGAAACAGAUACGGAUCCUUCAUCUGAUGAAAAGGCCGCUGAGGAGCCAUUGGAGUGUGAUCAUUCUUUUAUACUGAAAGAUGAUAUUGGAUAUGUAUGCCGUGUUUGUGGAAUUAUUCAGAGAAGCAUUGAGACAAUUAUAGAGUAUCAAUUUACAAAGGCUAAGAACACGAGAACCUACCGGUAUGAUGGUCGUACAAGCAAGGAUUCCGACCAAACAGAUUAUGUUCCUGGGAGAUUUAAUGUACCUGCUCAUGAUUUUGCGGUGGCUGAUAUCGCUGCUCAUCCACGGCAUCGCAAACAAAUGAAACCUCAUCAAAUUGAGGGCUUCAAUUUUCUACUAAGCAACCUAGUGACUGAUAGCCCAGGGGGUUGUAUCAUGGCCCAUGCCCCUGGGUCUGGCAAAACCUUUAUGAUCAUCAGUUUUCUACAGAGUUUCAUGGCUAAGUAUCCAUUUUCGAGGCCAUUGGUUGUUCUGCCAAGAGGAAUUUUGCCCAUCUGGAAGAAGGAAUUUCAAAGAUGGCAAAUUGAAGACUUCCCCCUGUAUGAUUUCUAUUCUGUCAAAGCAGAUAGUAGAGCUCAGCAGCUCGAAGUCUUAAAGCUAUGGGCAGAUCAGAGGAGCAUUCUUUUCCUGGGGUACAAGCAGUUUUCUUCUAUUGUGUGUGACACUGAUUGUGGCAAGGCUGCUACUACAUGCCAAGAAAUCCUGUUGACUCAGCCGUCUAUCCUUAUUUUAGAUGAGGGUCACACUCCAAGAAAUAAAGACACUGACAUUGUGAGCUCCCUUGAAAGGGUUCAGACUCCGAGAAAAGUUGUACUCUCUGGUACCCUUUACCAAAAUCAUGUUGAAGAAGUUUUCAACAUUUUGAAUCUUGUUCGGCCGAAGUUUCUUCAAUUGGAGAAUUCAAAGGGAAUUAAAAGGCGUAUCAUGAGUAAAAUUUCAAUGAGUACCAGAAGGGACAUCUCAAACAAGUGUUCAGCCAAAGAAUUUUAUGACGCUGUAGAGCAUACCUUGGUGAAAGACACAGAUUUCAAUAGAAAGGUGUCAGUCAUAAAAGAGUUGAGGGAAAUGACCAGAAAAGUACUGCACUACUACAGGGGGGACUUCCUAGAUGAACUUCCUGGCCUUGUUGAUUUCACCCUUCUGCUGAAGUUGAGACCUAAGCAGCAGCAAGAAGUUGUGGAACUGAAGAAAUUGCGUAAGAAGUUCAAGAUAAGUUCGGCGGGUAGUGCACUUUAUGUUCACCCUGAUCUUAAGUCUCUUUCAAAAAAUCCAGAUGUUAAAGAAAGGGUUGACGUGGAGAAAAUUGAUAUGAUUGUGGAGAAUUUGGAUGUGAAAGAUGGUGUGAAAGCUAAGUUCUAUCUAAACCUUCUCAAGCUCUGUGAAUCAAGUGGCGAAAAACUGUUAGUUUUCAGCCAGUUUCUUUUGCCUCUGAAGUUCUUGGAGAGGCUGACUCUGAAAGUUUUUGGGUACGCCACUGGAAAAGAAAUGUUUAUGAUCACCGGUGAAUCAGAUAAUGACCAGCGAGAGAUUGCAAUGGAGAUGUUUAACACUUCCCCUGAUGCUCGAGUAUUCUUCGGCUCCAUAAAAGCCUGCGGGGAAGGAGUUUCCCUUGUUGGGGCUUCACGUGUUUUAAUAUUAGAUGUGCACAUGAACCCUUCUGUUACCCGCCAAGCCAUAGGCCGUGCUUUCAGGCCUGGUCAGGAGAAGAAAGUGUAUGUGUAUAGAUUGGUGGCGGCUGCUUCCCCAGAAGAGGCAGACCAUGAUACCUGCUUUAGGAAGGAGUGCAUUGCCAAAAUGUGGUUUGAAUGGAAUGAAUUCCAAGGUCACAGGGGCUUUAACAUGGAGGAGGUUAAGCUGAACGAAUGCGAUGAUAAAUAUCUGGAAAUACCAAGGUUGAGGGAAGAUGUGAUCUCUGUCUACCUGAGGUAAAACUGAUUCUGGUUGCAGCUUGUUGGAUCGCUGCCAUUAUUUUGAUCUCAGCGUGUGAAGUCUGGUCAGGCUGAUGCGGAGAAGAUCCAGUCGUAAGUGUAGUGUUUAAUUUUUGAUGAACAUGUAAGGAAAUGUAUCAUCUGCAUGUACUCGUUCUGUAGUGCUUCAGAUUAAGAUGUUCUGCUUGUUCCUUGGUGGUUUAAGAUUGAAGAUGCAAGACUUCCGACUUUUCCAUCAAAAUAACUUCCUUUUUGAGAAGCAUUUUCAUUUCAUAAUAAGGCUUUGGUUGUGAACUUUUGCCAGUGAUCUAGCUGAUUUUUAACCAUCAGCGCCAUGAAAUGCAAUGGUUUUGCAUUCUUUGCUUUAGUUUAGCAGGUAGAAUGUUACAGUUUGACUGAUUUCGAGGA